UGAGAAUGGACAUGCAAUACAUGAAUACGAAAAGACGUCAGUUUUCUCGAGGUCCAGGAGUUGACAGACACAGUCCUCACAAUGAAAGUCGCACUUCUCGUCCUUGGAAUCGUCGUCUCUGCUGAGGCCGCUUUUACAUGGAAGGAUUGUGUUCCAUCAACGACAGCCCACCCCUAUGUAACAUUCACAUCAAUGUCACUGACACCUUCCCCGGCGGUCCUCCCCGGAGAUAUCACUGUGGGUAUGCAGGGAACGGUCCACCACAACUUCGGAAGUGAUGUCAAAAUGAGGGUAACCAUGCAUAAACAACUACUUGGGCAAUGGACUAUGGUUCCGUGUGCAAAUAGUGUUGGGUCAUGUAACUAUGACAAUCCAUGUGAGUUUUUGUCAGCUUUUGAAACAUCGGGAACCUGUCCAACUCAAUUGGAAGCGCACGGUCUUCCCUGCACGUGCCCGUUUAAUCCAGCUAGCAUCAAUUUACCCCCGUCUGUGUUCCACGUGACACACCUUAACACAGCCUGGUCAAUUCUGGCUACAGGAAGGUUCCGUGUAAAAGCUGAAAUGAUCCAUGGGAAGAAUGAGAUUGUAGGGUGUUUCGAAGCAGAAUUAGACAUAAAGGUUCCUGGAGGAAGCGGUAUAUUGGGAUGAACUCUGUGAUAUUGAAAUAUAUUUAUUAUGUAAUUCACUGUCUUGUUUAUAAAUGUAAGUGUAAAAUAAGAAUUAAA